GUGACGAUGAUAGCGAUGUGAUCAACCUGCUGCUAAUCUACGACGAGAUGGUGAAUCACUUCUGCUGGAUCAAGAACUUCAACGGCCUGUGCUUUCACUUGAGCAAGUGCGGAUCUCGGACUCACUUCUGCAUGAGAUGCUUUACAGGACACCGCACCCCCGAAACGCCGAGGAAUCAUCAGCGUUACUGCACGAAUGUCAAGCCUGCCGCAGUGAAACUACCGGAACCGGGAGAGACGCUGAUAUUCAAGGAUGUUCAGAGUAGGAUGAAGAUGCCGUACGUAAUCUAUGCCGAUAGGGAGAGCCUUAUCGUACCGAGCUCGGAGCAGCAUGGAAAGCAUACGGUUCGCAAUGCAGAACACGUCCCCUGCGGUGUUGCCUACGAGGUAGUCCGCUCAGAUGGAACGGUUAUGAAUCGAUAUCUGUGCAGAGGAGAUGACUCAAUCGAGACGUUUUUCGAGCAGUUGACUAGCGAGGAUGGGAGAAUCACCGAGGAUCUCAAAAGAAAGCAGUCGUUGACUAUGACGGACGAUGAGCGGCAACGGUUUGCUAGCGCUUCUGAGUGCUGGAUCUGCAACAAGCCACUCAACGCCGAUCGAGUGAGAGAUCACGAUCACAUCAGCGGAGAGUUCCGCGGUGCUGCACACGACGCAUGCAAUCUUCUUCUACGCAUCACACCAGAGACGCAUCCAAUUCCCGUGGUGUUCCACAACCUUAAAGGUUAUGAUGCACACAUGCUAGUUUCACGGAUCGGUGUCACAACGAGUGAAACGAGCAGUUUCACGCAACCCAGUGGAAGAAGCGGACUCAAGAAGGCGGGUGAGAUAAAGGUGAUUCCGAACAACAUGGAGCGCUACGUGUCGUUUUGCUGGGGGAGAUUUCGCUUCGUGGACAGCCUUGCCUUUUUGAACGCAUCACUGGACAAGUUGGUGAACAAUGCACCUGGAGAGUCGUUCAAACAUCUGAGUACAAAAUAUUUACACAUAAAUGUCGACAUAAUAAUUAUGAAAUGCUUACUGUGCAAUUAGUUGUCUUUGUAGCUAUAUUAAAACUGCUGUCUUCGAAAUGCUUGUUUUCCUUUCUACAUUCAAUUUUAUUAUUGGCUCCACAUCCAAGUAUCCUUUUUCCCUUCCCUGGAAACAUACAUACCAAUAUACAUACGCACACACAGACACGCAGAGACCCACACCCACACACAUUUUGAGGACUCAUCGCCAAAGGCGAAGGGCGAGAGGCUUAUCGGGCCUCACAUGAA